AUGGUUUCCUUUAAAACGUCUUUUAUAACUGAACGGGACCUUAAUACAAAGCUCACUUUAAUUUUUAACAAAAUUGGCCAAUUAGAUAAGGCACAAGAAGGUAUUCAAGAGCUUUAUGAACUUUUAUUGGAACAUCCUGAAUGUGAUAUUAAAGUUAAUUUAUUUCUCGCGAGUGCUGGCACUUUUUUUCAAAAUUAUCUGCGUAAAGCUUUGGAUGAAAUAACUACCCGAAAAAUGCAAGCUUGUGGAAUGUCGCCAAAGGAUUUUUCCUCAUCUAAUGAUAGAAAAUCGGAUUUUAAUCAUAAAAAAAUGCCACACAAGUUUCCUUCUACCUCCAAUCGUUGUUCUCACUCUUCAAAUUCCUCUAACAAUACAAAAGUAUUCAACAUAGAAAAUCACAAAGAUGUACCAAUAUUACCAGAAACUACAUCUCCUUCAAGAACAUUUAUGGAUAAAGUUAAUCGUGAAACUUUUGAUCAAACUCGGUCACGUCUUCAUGGUAUAUUUCAAUAUGAAAAAUAUAAGACUGGUCAAAAGAGGUCUAGUUUACAAGAAAUACAUCGAUUUCAAACUGAUUCCGACAGACUGGAAUUCGCAAAAAGUAUUUUACAAUCCAAACCACGGUCUCGUCGUGCAACAUGGAUGGCCUCUUCUUCAACAACAUUACUAUCUCCUCCACCAGAACGCUUUAGUUCUUCUUCGUUUAGAUAA